AUGAAAAUGCGCACACGCAACCUGCUGGCUGUACUGGCGAUCACUCUACUCUUCACCGCUUGUGCCAGCGAAAAGCAAUUGGAAGAAAUCAUUCAACAAUCCAACGAAGAAGAAACUACAACUCUGGAAGAAUCUACCCAACCCGACGAACCAGUCGUCGCACUCCCCGGCUUGCCCGAUGAUGUGGCAGGUUACACACAAUGGCUUAAACUAAACGCAGAACCCAUCCCUCCUGCACCUGGCGGUGACCCGCACAACGGCACAAAAAACGUCCAUGUAAAUCAAACACGGGACACUAUCGCACCAAACGGGAUACAGCAGUUCCCAUAUCCAGAUGGAAGCAUCGUUGUAAAGGAGGCAUCCCGUCCUGGUAAGGAUUAUGUUGGGCUCAUCGCGAUUAUGCGGAAGAAAGCAGGUGCGGACCCCGAUCACAACGAUUGGCAGUUCAUUGAAUACGUCCGAAACGCACCAGAUGCUGAGUUCAGCGUUAUAGCGGAAGGUCGUAGCUGUUGGGGAUGCCACGCCGGAGUCAAAGAUAUUGAUUACGUUUUCACGGAACUUGACUAA